AGUAGACCCGAACAGCCUGCCACAACAACACCCGAACACCACCAAAGCAUUUUGCUGCCUUCCGUUCGGUUCAACCCCAUGCUUUCACUCGCACGGCGGUGCCGGAGAUCCCUCCAACCAAUCACAACUCAUCUCCAAUCAUCCCAUCCUUUUACUGCCGCCGCCGCGGCCUCUCAUCCACCACGUAGACGGUCAAAGUCCAUACCGGCGGCGUUAAGAAAACCAGAUGAGAAGUCAGAAUGGUGGGUAGUAGACGGAGAAAUGCACGAAAUAGGUGAUAACGUACCUCCCCGUGAAAGAUUCGUUAUACCCAGAGAUAAUAUUCCUAAUAAACGCCGUAAGCAGCUCCGUGAACAGUUCAUGCGCCGCACUCGCCUUGUUCUCAAAGAUUCUGAGCACGAGCCUUGGUGCAAAAAGUACAUGGAACUUUAUCAGGAGCUUAGAGAGAAUUGGGAGAAACUGUAUUGGGAUGAGGGAUAUUCCAAGAAACAUGGUCAAGAGCGUGCAAGUUAUGACUCUGCUGAAGAUGACGACACAGACUUUUCACCUUACAGAAGGAAACCACCCUAUGCCGAAGAAAUGAAGAAUCAUGCUUUUGAGAGAAAUAGGCAGGGAGACACACGGGAAAGGGCAGGCAUGAUCCGAGAUAAGUUUGAAUUCGACCGGGAUAGAAGAAUGAGAGAUAAAGCCUUUGCACCUAUGCAAUUCACGGCUCCUGAUUCUUCUUCAAAGAAUCAACCAUUUGAUGCGAAUAGAUACCUCUCCUCCAGUGACAGCGAUUAACUCAAAGAUCUAUGGAAGAUAGAUACGAGGGAGGAUGGUGCACCUUGUCCACAUAGCUAAUUAGUUAUGAAUGUCUACAUUCGGAAAAGUAGUGGCCUUGAUUUCGAGAACAGGGAAUGUUGUUAUCGAUCUCCCCUGAUGAAACAGAAAUUUGGCGCUUACCUCUUAGAAGAUUCACUUGGGAGUAUAUCAUGUGUUUUACUUUUAUCUAAUAGACGAUGUAUGUUCAUCGAUUCAGAAUUUAUGACAUUGUCAAUCGUCUACUCCUUUGUGAGAUUACAAAACUCGAUCUGUAAAUGUGUAGCAGCUUUAAACCAGCGUUUCCAGCAAUUUGGUCCUGUUUAUGAGUAAAAGGAUCGAUUUGGGUUC